AUGGAGCUAUGGGAAAGCAGGCUUCUUUCUGUUGCUGAUGUCAUUUGUGAGCGGCUGGCAUGCGGGUUGCAUCUUCCCCUUGAUUCAUUCAUAUGUCGGCGAUUUAAUCCACUGGUUUCUACUGGGAUGAAUCUUGAAGGAGAAAAAGAGGGCAAAAUUUUGGAAAUUCCACACUGGGAUUAUAAUCUUCUUAGUGUCCAAGCAGGCCACAAAUAUGUGGGACUCAACCUUUGGUCCAAAAAGGACCAAAAGGUUGAGAUCAACAUACCUGCGGGCCAUCUAGCCAUCAUUGCUGGCAAACAACUUGAACAACUCUCAGGAGGUAAGAUAAUUGCUCCCAAACAUGAAUCUGUGCUGAGCAAGAACAUCAUGAAAGAGUUAGAGAAACAUAAAGAUAAAGAACAUCGCAACAUUAGUUCGUGGAGGAUUACCUCCACCUUGUUUACACAACAAGCUUGA